GUAGUACGAGCGACUUGUUUACUUGACUCACGUUCGGUUCAGGUUCCCUUCGGUUUCCUUGUUCGCUUUAUUUUCCGUCCGAAAAAUGGGUCCUGGAAGGGUGGUCGUCGUCGUGGGAGUCCUGGCGCUACAGAUGAUCGCCCUGACGCAAGGUAUCAAAUGCUGGUUUUGCAACAGCAUGCUCGACCCCUUCUGCAGCGAUCCUUUCGAUAACACGACCGCCAACCCCAAAGUCUGCAGCCUGGAGGACGACCUUCCCCACAUGCGCGGGGUGCCAGCCACGAUGUGCCGCAAAAUUCGAAUGAAGAUCAAUGGCCACUGGCGCUAUAAGAGAGACUGCGCCCGUCUAGGGGAGCCCGGAGUGGGAGGCGACUCGCGCUAUUGCAUCUACCGCACCGGGACCUUCAACAUCCACAUGGAAUACUGCACUUGCAAUGACAAGGACGGCUGCAACCCUGCUCCCUAUACCAUGCCGAACAUUCCCCUCGUGUCCGUCGCAUCCAUAGGAGUGGUAACGGCCAUAGGGAGGUUAAUCGUGGGCUAAUGUCGUCCCCUGAGGCAGUUAAAAAAAGUUUUCGAUUGACGAAGUCCUGCGUGAGGAUUUGAGAGAACUUGGGACUUUUUAAAUGAGGGAUGUUGGUUAAGUUUGAGAAAGUUUGUAGGUUUUUUCUUGAAGCUUUAACAAUGCUGU